AUGGUCGCCAGAGCCAAGGCAGGCGCCCGCGGCAAGCGCCAAAUGCACUCUGGCUAUGUCACUAUUGACACACUUUGCCUGGCAGUCAUUCCCUCCCUGGAGGCGAAGAUCGUCGUGUUGGGCAGCCAGGGCGUUGGAAAGACGUCCCUCGUCCACCGCUACGUCAAGAACGCAUUCACGCCCCCAAACACACAGUCCACCGUCGGCGCAUCAUUCUUGACCAAGAGAGUGGUAGAUAUCGACACAUCCACGGUUGUCAGACUGCAGAUAUGGGACACCGCAGGGCAAGAGAGGUUCCGGUCCAUCUCGAAGCUGUAUUACAGAGGCGCGAAUGCCGCUGUUCUAUGCUAUGACAUCACCGAUCCCACCUCGUUCGACGAAAUGGGCCGCUGGCUGAAGGAGCUGAAGACCAACCUCGGAGACGACAUCAUAUUGCACGUUGUUGGCACAAAAUCAGACGUCGUUGCCGAAGACCCUUCCCGGCGCCAGGUGCCCUUCGAGCGCUGCAUCGCCUACGUGGCCGAGAACAUGUUUACUGCGCAAACCACUGCACCGACCGCCCCGCCGAAUGCCCGGAGAGGAAGUGUACAAGUACUCGGAUGGGGAUCGGCGCCAGCAACAUUCCAAAACGGUGGCAUGGCGUCCCCCCAAAGCAAUAGAUCGAGUGGCUUCUGGGGAAACGAUGUCGGCUGGGACUGCUGUCACGAGAUCAGUGCCAAAGACGGAGAGGGCGUGGAUGAGGUCUUUCGAGUCAUCACACGAAAGCUAGUAGAACAACAACAGAAAAAGUUCGAUGAGGAGCAGAGACAGCUUGCUAUGGCCGGGGUAACACCUGGCAUUGAUAGCAACGGGAAUCCCAAUGGCUACUUCGACUACCCCGGAAACAGCAAUGGAAGCUUCAGAGUCGGUGCAGCUGGUUGGGGUUUCCUGCUACCCCUGGCGCCGGAGGUCAUCAACAAGAGUGGGAAGAAGACAUCAGCAGAGCCCAAGCAAACAAAGGCGGGCGUUGCUGCUGAUGGCACGUCUUUGAUCUGA